AUGGCGGUGGUGCGCCUGAUGUUCAGUGACAUUAGAGACUACACCAUGAACUCUGCAUCGUGCCUGAGUGCCAGCACAAUGGUUGUCCCCACCAUCAAUGGCAGCAGUGCAGCCAUGAGUGCCAGGAGCAGCAGCAUGAAGCAACCUUCCACGACCAAGGAGGCUCAGAUGUGCUUCCCAAAGAAGCAGGACAAAGUGAAGAGAAGAGUCAUCUGGGGGAUCGAAGUUGUUGAGGAGCUGCACUGGAAGGGCUGGGAGCUAGGGAAGGAGAUGACCAAGAAUCUGGCUCUGAAAAACCUAUCCUUGAAAAUCCAGAAGAUCAAGUACAGGCCUCCCAAGACAAAGUUCUUCUUCACGGUUAUCCCUCAGCCUAUCUUACUGAGCCCAGGUAUCACCUUCACUCUCCCCAUCUUCUUCCGGCCUCUGGAGGAGAAGGAGUACAAGGACCAGUUGUGGUUUGAAAAAGCAGAGGGGAUGUUCUGUGUGGACCUGAGGGCCCUGCUGCCUUGCCACAAGCUGAUCUGUCCACCAUCCCUGCAGCUGCCCAUGUGUGCCGUGGGAGACACGGCCGAGGCCUGGUUCUGCCUGGACAAUGUGGGGGACCUGUCCACCUUCUUCACCUGGGAGUUCUCCAGCCCAUUCCAGAUGCUGCCCACCACGGGGCUGCUGGAGCCAGGCCAGGCCUGCCGGAUCAAGGUGACCUUCCAGCCACUUAUGGCUGUCAUCCAUGAGGUGCAGGCCACAUGCUGGUACGGGGACAGCACCAAGCAGAAGAAUAGCAUACAGCUGCAGGCUGUGGCCAAGUGUGCCCAGCUGCUGGUGAACAUAAAGCAGAAGCGGCCCGAGGAUCAGGACGCUGAGGGCUGCCAGAAGGUGCUGUACUUUGGCUCUGUCGCUGUGGGCUGCACCGCUGAGAGGCAGAUCAAGCUGUAUAACCCUUCUGUGGUGAGCGCCCCUUUCCGGAUCGAAGUGGGCCCAGACAGUCUGGUCAAAGACCAGGCCUUCUCAUGCCGCACAGCCCAUGGCAUCGUGCCCCCAGGAGAAAGGAAAUGUGUGUCUGUGUUCUUCCACCCCGAGACCCUGGACGUCAGAACUAUGGACUACGUUGCCAUCACGCCCUCUGGAUGUGCCUCCCAAACUCUGCUCAAAGUUGUUGGUUUCUGUAGAGGUCCAGCUGUGUCCCUGCAGCAUGACUGCAUCAACUUCAGCUGGAUCACCCUAGGGGCACACGCUGAGAAGCCCCUGUGGAUUGAGAACAGGGAAGACUGCACGGCCUACUUCCAGUUUGCCAUUGACUGCCAGGAGAGCGUCUUCAGCAUCAGGCCUGCCUUCGGGACCCUGGCAGGCAAGGCCCGCAUGACCCUGCACUGCACCUUCCAGCCCACUCACCCCAUCAUCUACUUCCGGAAGGUGGCCUGUCUCAUCCACCACCAGGACCCGGUGUUCCUGGAUCUGCUGGGGACCUGCCACUCAGACAACGCCAAGCCAGCCAUCCUGAGACCCCAGCACCUGACUUGGUACCGCACACACCUGGCACGGGGCCUGACGCUGUACCCUCCAGACAUCCUGGGCGCUAUGUUGAAGGAGAAGAAGCUGAAGCAGGAUAAGAAUGGGGCCCUCAUGAUCCCCAGCGAGGACCUGGAGGACAAACCACCCCAGCGGUACCCUACCAUCCCUCCCAUGACUGAGUUCUUCUGUGACGGCACCAGCGACAUGGCCAUCUUCCCCCCACCCGUCAGCAUAGAGCCCGUUGAGGUGGACUUUGGUGCCUGUCCCAGGCCUGAGAUCCCCAGCCCUGUCCCCCUGUGCCUGAUGAACCACACCAAGGGCAAGAUCACUGUGGUUUGGACACACAGGCCGGGCUGUCCCUUCUGGGUGAGCCCGGUCACCUGCGAUGUGCCCCCACUCAAGUCCACUGCCCUGCGCCUGCACUUCCUGCCACCACACCCCAAUGGCCUGUACGAAGUGGAGCUGGAAGCCUUUGCUGUCUAUAAGGUCCUGCAGAAUUACAGUAACAUUGAGGAGAACUGCACGGUGUGCCCUUCCUGGUGUCUGACUCUGCGGGCACGAGGCCACAGCUACUAUCCUGCCUUCGAGCACCACAUCCCCCAGUACUCCCUGGAUGCCCCCAAGCUAUUUCCUGCUGUGUCUUCUGGGGAGCCCUCCUACCGCAGCCUGCUCCUCCUCAACAAAGGUCCCAUGCUGAUGACCUUCAACCUGGCCCCCAAAAGCAGCUCAGACAUCAUCCUGCGACCCAGCUCUGGCCUCGUGGCCCCUGGAGCCCACCAGAUCCUCCUUAUCUGCACCUACCCCAAGGGUAACUCCUGGAAGCAGCACCUUUUCUACCUGCAGUUCAAUUUCUGCCCCCAGUAUAUCAAGGAGGUGAGCAUGCAGAGCCGCGAGGAGCCAUUGCAGCUGAAGCUGGACACCUGUAAGAGUGUCUUCUUCAAGCCCACCUGGGUGGGCUGCUCCUCCACCAGCCCCUUCCCCCUGCGCAACCCCUCUCGUCUGCCCCUGGAGUUUGAGUGGAGGGUCUCUGAGCAGCACCGCAAGAUGCUGGCUGUCCAGCCUGCCCGGGGACUCAUCCAGCCCAAUGAGAACAUUACCCUGACAUGGACCUUCAGCCCUUUGGAGGAGACCAAGUACCUGUUCCGAGUGGGGAUGUGGGUCUGGGAAGCUGGCCUGCCACCAAACACCAAACUCCCUGUCACCACCCACUACAUGCUGCGGCUGGUGGGCGUGGGCAUCACCAGCAGCCUUUCAGCGAAGGAGCAGGAGCUGGACUUUGGGAACGUGCUGGUGAACAGCAAGCAGUCCAGGUUUCUGGUGCUCCUGAACAAUGGCAACUGUGCCCUCUACUACCACCUGUUCCUGGAGCAGUCCAGCCCUGAGGUCGUCAACAAUGACCCCCUCGAUCUGCAGCUGGAACGGACAGAGGGGUGCAUGCCACCCCGUUCCCAAGACAACAUCAGCCUGAUUGCCUACCCCAAGCACCAGGCCCGGUACUCCUGGACCAUCAGCUACUCGCUCCUCUCCCACAGAGAUAAUAAGGCUGGGGAGAAGCAGGAGCUGUGUCGCAUUUCCCUGGUGGCCGUGUACCCCCUACUCUCUAUCCUGGACAUCUGUGCCAUGGGCAGUGCCGAGGGCAUCUCUCGGAAGCACCUGUGGCACCUCUUCUCCCUGGACAUGCUCAACAGUUACUUGGAGCGCAACCCCACCCCCUGGGAGCUCACCUACAAGGUGCCCACGCGGCACAGCACGAGCCAGAUCCCCCCCAUCUUCACCCCUUUGAAGCUGGAUUUCAAUUUUGGAGCCGCGCCACUCGAAGCCCCACCCUCUGUGGUGCUCCUGGCCCUGAAGAACAGCGGGCUGGUGCCCCUGGACUGGGCCUUCCUAUUUCCAAGUGACCAGCAGAUCGGCCUGGAGCUGUGGGCAGAGCAAGCAGAGUUUAACUGCACUGAACUGCACCAGAUGCGCGCACAGGACAAUCGCCUCUUCUCCAUCAACCCCAAGGCCGGGAGCCUGAGUCCUGGGCAGGAGCAGGUGGUGGAGUUCAAAUACAGUCACCUGUUCAUUGGCACUGAUCGCCUCCCGGUGCUCUUCAAGGUGUCCCAUGGCCGAGAGAUCCUGCUUAAUUUCAUAGGUGUGACAGUGGAGCCAGAGCAGAAGUAUGUGCAUUUCACCUCCACUAGCCACCAGUUUGUCCCUGUCCCCAUUGGCAACACAUUGCCCCCAUGGCAGAUUUACGAGCUGUACAAUGGGGGCUCUGUGCCUGUGAUGUACGAGAUUCAGACCAACGUCCUGUCACAGAUUCAGAAACACAACUUUAAUCACCCCAUCUUCAGCUGCCUCAACCCCGAAGGGGAAAUCCAACCGGGCACAACCGCUCAGAUCUUGUGGAUCUUCUCACCCAUCGAGGCCAAGACCUACACGGUGGACGUGCCCAUACACAUCCUGGGAUGGAACUCAGCCCUCAUCCGCUUCCAGGGAGUGGGCUAUGACCCGCAUGUCAUGGGGGACACAGCCCCAUUCCACAACAUCUCCUCUUUGGACAACAGCUCAAUACACUUCAGGCUGAUGGUUCCUGGACAGACUGUCUUCCUGUCUCAAUCUCAUAUCUCCCUGGGAAACAUCCCUGUGCAGAGCAAGUGUAGCCGCUUGCUGUUCCUCAACAAUAUCUCCAAGAAUGAGACAAUUGUCUUUGCCUGGCAACCAAAGCCUCUAGACUUUGGGGAGGUGUCUGUGAGUCCCAUGGUAGGGGAGGUGGCUCCUGAAGAGACGGUCCCAUUCGUGGUGACCCUGAAGGCUUCAGUGCAUGCCAGCUUCUACAGUUUGGAGCUGGUAUGCAAGGUGUACCGGCAGCAACUCCUGAGGCGGUAUCAUAAGGAACUGCAGGAGUGGAAGGAAGAGAAGGCACGGCAGGAAGUGGAGUUCACCAUCACUGAUACAAAAGUGAAGAGAAGGGUAUACUGCACAGCCUGUGCACCAGUGAGGAAGUACAAGACACUGCCCCCCAUCAAGAACCAGCAGUCUUUCAACCGGCCUGCCAGCUGGAACCUGCAGAUCCCAAAGGAGGAGUCAUCCUGGCCAUGCCCCAAGCCGCCGCUGCCAGGCAUACUCUGCUUGGGCCUCACUGCCCGCACCCAUGCCACCGACUACUUCCUGGCCAACUUCUUCUCAGAGUUUCCCUGCCACUUCUUGCACCGGGAACUGCCCAAGAAGAAGCCCCCUGGGGAGAAGCCAGAGAUUUCUGAGGAAGAAUCCACUUACAACAAGUGGACCUCUGUCUCCAAGGAGGAGAAGCUGCUCUUGAUUGACUGUCUCACCGCUAUCAUCAGGGGCCUGUUGGAGGAUGAGAACUUCCAUGAGGCUGUGAAUCAAAGUCUGGUGGAGCAGGUGCCUUACUUCUCCCAGUUCUGGAAUGAGCAGUCAGCCAAGUUCAUGGCCAAGAAGAGCAGCCUACACUUAGUGCCAGUCCUGUCUCCACCUCCCAAAAUCAGGGAGGAAGGGAAAGGCAAGGAGGAGGAGGAGGAGUUCAAACCAACUUUGAGGAAGAGGCAAUCGGGAGAAGAGGAGGAGCAAGAGGAAGAGGAGGAGGAGGAACAAGAGGAGGAAGAAGAGGAGGAGGAGGAAAUGGAAGAGGAAGAAACAGAAGAGGAAGGGGAGAUGGGCAAAGAGGAAGCAGAGGAGGAGGAGAUGGAGGAGAAGGAGGAGAAGCCGGCCUGGCUAGGGAUGGAGCCUGUGAUGCAGACCAGGUCCCAAGAAUCCCUGCAAUGGCAGUGGCAGCAGCAGCUGAAGGUCAUGAUGAAGGAGGAGCUGGAGCGAGAUGAGAAGGAGGCCAUCAGUCGGCUCCCGGCCUUCGCCAACCUGCAAGAAGCGCUGCUGGAGAACAUGAUCCAGAACAUCCUGGUGGAAGCAAGCCGCGGGGAGGUGGUGCUUACCUCGCGGCCGCGCGUCAUCACCCUGCCGCCGCUCGGCGUGCCCAGGAUAGUGACCUCGGACCCGCUGCCACAGACACCCUCAGUGCAGCGGCAGCAAAUGGAGGCGCCCCGCCUGGCAAUGCCGCACGCCACUGACUCUUCCAAGACGCCGAACCCCAGCCCCUCGGACCUGCCGCCCUAG